AACGCGGACAGCGCAUUCACGACUCCCACGACCCCCACGACCCCUACCGCCAUCAUGUCCGACGACGAGAAUAUCUCCGUCUACGAUGAAAUCGAGAUCGAAGACAUGACCUUUGACGAGGACCUUCAGGUCUACACCUACCCAUGCCCCUGUGGCGAUAAAUUUGCAAUCGCGCUUGACGAUCUGCGCGACGAUGAGGACAUUGCUGUGUGCCCCAGUUGCAGCCUCAUGAUUCGUGUCAUCUUUGACAAGGAUGACCUUCCCAAAGAUCCGGAAGCCGACCCGGAACCUCCUGUUCUGGAGAACGCCGCCCAGAUCCCUGUCGUCGCAUGAACAGUGCCUUAUAAAUAUGAGAUACCGAGAGAGGAUAAAUAUGAGCAUGGCUUGGCGGAUGCAAGAAUAGCUGGUAAACUCCGAUCGGGGCACGAAAGCGCUGUUGCGACAGCGACGGCUGCAGCCAAGGCCUCCGGGCUUUGGGGGCCCCUUCGCUGUGCUGCCACUCGUCGAGGUGCCUGCAUGAGACUCUCAAUUUCGGGACCUCAAAACUCGGAAGCAGAGGUUGGAGGCUCUGCUCGCGCAGCGCCGGAGGCUGGGCCUUCCCUGUUCUCCGAGGACGAUGGGGUUUGGGUCUGACUCAACAUGGCGGCACUACAAGAACGCCAUGGGCAUUGAGAUAUUGGUCGGGACCAAUUCUGGGGCGUAUCACCGAACACUUGGGAUUUGCGUCAUUCUGGUCCUCGAGGUCUGACAGUCCGCCAUUCGGUGCCAAUACAGACUGGCCACUCCAUGAAGGCGUGUCGUCAUGUCAAAGACCCCGCCUCAUCGAUUUGCGGCCGGCUACGCUUCAAUGUCGGUUAGCAUCGUACUGCUGGGAAGCUAAAGAAUCUGGCGUACACACUGCACAGCACCUCAUUAUACCUUCUGCUGGUAAUGCAACAUUGAUAUCCCACCACUUCGGUGAAGG